UUGGGGAAUGGAUGUGAUUUUUACACGACGUAAUAUACGACCUCCACUUUUACGCUGUGUGUAAAUACAGUCGGCCCAGUUUCAUUUUCAAGAAGAGCAAAGAUGGCCGCCACGUCUCCUUCUAUACCACAGCUUUUCACUGAAUUAGAUAGAUUUGCAAAGGACGGAAAUUAUGCCAAAGCUCAGAAAAUCGCUAACAAGAUUCUACAAGAAAAACCUGACGACAAGGAAGCAUUUCAUUGUAAGGUGAUCGCUCUCAUUCAUCAGUCAUUCUUUCGGGAAGCUGUCGAUGUAAUCAACUCAGCGCCGAAGAAAGGGAUUGAAAUUGACCUUCAUUUUGAAAAGGCUUAUUGUCUUUAUCGCCUCAAUAAAACUCAGGAGGCCUUGGACAUUCUUAAUGCCAUUGCUGAGCCAUUACAACAUGAAAAAGAACUGAAGGCCCAAGUGCUGUAUCGACUUGAGGACUACAGGGCAUGUCUAGAUCUAUACAGAGACUUGAUCAAGAAUUCUCAGGAUGAUUAUGGAGAUGAACGAGAAACCAACCUUGCUGCUGUUAUUGCUGCUGCUUCUCAGUGGGGCAGACUUAAGAUGGAUGACCCUGGUUUGAGAGAAGACACUUACGAGCUGUGCUAUAACUCAGCAUGUCUUUCUCUGGGUCAGAGUGAUGUUGAAGUUGCUCAACAAAAACUAAGGAGAGCAGAAGAGCUUUGCCAGAGAAGCCUUCAAGAUGAUCCUGAUGUAGCAGAAGAAGAGAUUGAAUCUGAGAUGGGUGUUGUCAGGACUCAGCUUGCCUACACUUACCAACUGCAAGGGAAGAAUGACGAUGCACAGAAGCUUUAUAAUCAAGUUCUCAAAUGCAAGCCUAAUGACCUUGCCUUAGCAGCUGUUGCUUCCAAUAAUGUCAUCACUCUCAACAAGGACCGUGAUGUGUUUGACUCAAAAAAGAAAGUUAAAGCAACAACUGCAGAUGGACUUGAGCACAAACUGACUGGAACUCAACAGCGAACCAUGGCAUUUAACAGAUGCCUUCUGCUCUUCUACACAAAUCAGCUUGAAGCUUGUCGCAGCCUGAUAUCUACCCUGGAAACAAAAUACCCUGAGAGCGAUUUUCCUUGCCUGAUGAGAGCUUCACUCCUCCAUCGAGAGAAACAUUCUGAUAAAGCAGUUGAGCUGCUCAAGAAUUAUGCAGGCUCUCAUGAUAACACUGCUAUGAAUGUUAAACUCACACUGGUGCAGCUGUAUUUGGCACAAGGAAACAUUCGCAGUGCCUGUACCACACUACGCUCAAUUAAAGACCUGGCAUACAAACCAGGCGUGGUGUCUGCUCUGGUGACGUUAUACUCCCAUCUUGGUGACGUCAAUACUGCUGUUGAAGUGCUUGAUGACGCUGUGGAACAUGCGCAGAAGAACAAGGAACUCAUGCGACAGUCUGAAGUACUUUCAUUGAUGAGAGAAAAUGUGGCGUAUAAAUUGCAACACGGCAAAGCCAAAGAGGCGGUGGAUAUGCUGGAGAAACUACACAAGGAAGAUCCACGAGAUGUGAAAACAUUAGCUCAACUUAUCAAGGCGUAUUCUCGUUUAAAUCUAAAGAAAGCAGAGCACUACAGCGAAAAACUUGCACCGCUAGACACGACUUCCCAGAGUACACCUGUAGCCGUGGAUGAAUUGGAGAUGUCCCUCAGUACCAUGGGAUCGCGAUAUGGUCGAGCAAAAGUUAAGCAAGAGGGUGGCGAUACAGAAAUGGAAGAUUUGACGAAAGACCUCGUUGUGAAAAGAAGAAAAAGAAAACGAAAAAGAGGUAAACUGCCGAAGAACUACAAUAGCGAAGUCGAUCCAGACCCCGAGCGGUGGAUACCGAAAAGAGAGCGAACUUACUAUAAAGGCAAGAGACAGAAGAAGGGUGCUGCAGUAGGUAAAGGAACACAAGGUGCUGCUGCCCCAACAGAGGCGUCGUCCAGCCCUAAAACACCCGGCAGUCCCAAGCCCGCAUCCCCGCCGGGUACACCCUCAGCAGGGGGAAGUUCCGCCAGUGUGGUACCACCCCGGCAACAACAGCCACAGGCCGCCAAAAAGAAACAGCGACCCAAGAAGAAGAAAGGAGGCUGGUGAAGAGAUCAGUGUUUGCAAUCCUUGUAACAGACUGAUUAGUCUUGCAAUAAACAAUCGGAAUUUCAGCAGA